GAUUCUUUCCCCUUCGCUCUCUCCCCCAAAACAUUUCGUCUUUGUGUGUCUCUCUCUAUACGUAUAUUCACAGACGCGCAAAAUAUAUACUCGUAUACUCAUUUUCUAUCUCUAAUGGAGACGGCCGUGCAGAUGGAGGAGCUGACGUCGGGUGCGAGCGGCCGGAUAAUUCCGCUAUUCAGAAACCUUCGGCAGUCAAUUCUAUCAUACGAUGCCUUAAGAAAAUCAUUUCUAUUAAUUUACUCGUACUUCGUCUGGAUCCUUCUCCUCCUACCUCGACGCCACCGCCUGGCCACAUCGCCUCCAUCAUCCCCCACGGUGGUGGCGGCGACGGUGAAGCGGAGGAAGUUUGGACUAAGGAGAGAUGAGGAGGAUACGUUGAGGCGCAGGGCCCUUGCUGAGGCUAUAGAAAUGGUGGUGGAGGAUUCCGGUGACAGUAACAGUCUGUGCCAGUGGAGUACCUCGUUGUUUUUUGGUACUCGACACAAUGCUCUGUUCUGCAGGUCUUGGUUCCCGGCUUCCGGUGACUUAAAGGGUAUUCUGAUCAUCGUACAUGGACUUAACGAACACAGCGGACGAUAUGCUUAUUUUGCUAAACAAUUAAUCUCCUCCAACUUUGGGGUCUAUGCGGUGGACUGGACAGGUCAUGGGGGAAGUGAUGGAUUGCAUGGAUAUGUACCUUCAUUGGAUCACGUUGUUGCAGAUACUGGGGCUUUCCUGGAAAAGAUCAGAUUGGAGAACCCUGGAGUACCAUGCUUCCUAUUUGGUCAUUCAACUGGAGGGGCAGUGGUUUUGAAGGCUGCUUCAUAUUCACAUAUAGAAGAAAUGUUGGAGGGAAUCAUAUUGACCUCACCAGCUUUGCGUGUCAAGCCAGCUCAUCCUAUUGUUGGGGCCUUGGCACCAAUCUUUUCACUGGUGGCUCCUAGGUUCCAGUUCAAAGGUGCUAACAAAAAGGGCAUCCCGGUUUCCAGGGAUCCUGCAGCACUCUUGGCAAAGUACUCGGAUCCAUUGGUCUAUACUGGACCCAUAAGGGUCCGAACAGGCCAUGAGAUCUUGCGCAUCUCUUCUUACUUGACCCGCAACUUCAAGUCCAUAACAGUUCCAUUCUUUGUCCUUCAUGGAACUGCAGAUAGAGUUACUGAUCCGUUUGCCUCUCAGGAUUUGUACGAUGAGGCAGCAUCCAAGUUUAAAGACAUUAAGCUUUACGAGGGCUUCUUGCACGACCUCCUCUUCGAGCCUGAGCGUGAAGAAAUUGCUCAGGAUAUCAUCUAUUGGAUGGAGAAGCGAUUAAGUGCAUGCAACCCUGAAAAUGUCAGUGGUUGCUGGUAAAGUUGUCAAUCUAUAGAUGAAUUGUUGAAAUGGUGCCUGUAUUUGAAUUAGGAAUGUUGCCUUUGAUAUUCUAAUGUAAUUAAUUAAUAAUCACCAUGAAGACUCGAGACUCUAUUUCUAUAGCAUAUGUGAUGCAUUCUUAAAUGGACGAUUCAAUAUCAGUAUUAGGUAUCUCCAUUUAUCAUC